UUCCUCAGUUAACAAACGAUAUCCAAGAACAAGAGCAAUCAAACUGUCACAAUGAGAAUCAACACAACAAUUGCUGUUUUGCUCCCUCUUAUUUUAUCCAGUACAUCUGGAAGCAUUUUCCGACAUCCAAAGAUUACAAUUCCUGGAGUGGGACGUCUUAAGGGCUCCUAUCUGAAGUCUGAUUUCACAAAGCGAUCCAUCGAUGCCUACUAUGGGAUCCCUUAUGGGAAAUCGCCCGAAGGUGAACGGCGAUUCGCCCCACCCCAGCCUGCGGAUCCGUUGAAUCAAGGCGAUGAAAACUACGAUGCCACUUUGACACAUUACACAUUUCACCCGAGCAAGAUAUGCGCCCAAUCCUCGAGCACGAAAAAAGGAGUCCUUGGAAGCGAGGAUUGCCUGAAUCUCUCGGUCUUUGUUCCAAGUAAGAAAGAUCGCACCACGGCCGGACCACUACCUGUGCUGUUUUACAUUCAUGGAGGGGCUUUUUACUUUGGAACUUACACUGGCCAAGGCCCCAAAAUGCUUCUGGAAGAGGACAUUAUUUUGGUUGAGGCUCAUUAUCGACUUGGCCCUCUUGGAUUUAUGUGUUUACCGGAGGACGGGAUCUACGGCAACAUGGGUCUCCAAGAUCAGAUUCUAGCCUUAAAGUGGGUUCAACAAAACAUUGCCGCCUUCGGAGGCGAUCCCAAUCAAGUUACCAUCUUUGGGGAGUCCGCGGGAAGUGCUUCAGUGACGCUACUCAUGCUCAGUCCACAAGCUGAAGGUUUGUUCCAUCAAGCCAUUGGCGACUCUGGAUCAGCUAUUUCAGGUUGGGCAGUGGACAAUUUUCCUGAGGCCAGUGCUUUGAAAUAUGCAGAAUUCACGAAGUGCCCUUUAACGCCCAGGGAGGCUAUGGUUUCUUGUCUGAAAUUUGAGCGCACAACUCAGGAGUUGGUGAACGCCCACGAACAGUUCCGAAACUAUUCCUUGGCUCGGGGUAGUUUGGGUUUUGGGGCUUCCACACCUUGUGUUCAGCCCGCCGAUAGUGACCAGGCUGUCUUAACUAGCCAUCCAUUGACACUUUUAAAGCAGGGAAAGAUCCACAACUCGGUUCCAGCUAUCUUUGGAACGCUGCGUGACGAAGGCAAAAUGUUCCUGGGAAUGUUUGUCCGAGAUUUUCUCAAGCCCUUGGGACUCACACACAAUUCAGUUUUUCUCACCCAAGGGCUUGUCCCGGCUGUGUUGCAAGCUCUCAAUGUGGUCAUAGACUACAACGUGGUGUCCGAAGUGGUGUCCAGUUAUUUCCGUCCAACUGAGCUGGGCAAUUUGGACCGCAUGAUUCCGGGUUUGAUCAGUCUCUUUAGCACCUACUUCAUCAAAGAGUCAACGUACACAUUUGCACUGAACAAUGCCAAAUUGAGCCCCACCUACUUUUACUCGUUCUCCUACAAUGGACCCAACACCCUGUACUACUUAUUUGCCGAUGAUCCAACCGGAAACGAUGUGGAAAUGCCCGAUGCCGUCAGUCAUGCUGAUGAGCUCAUUUAUCUCUUUGACCUUCCCUUGAUCAAGCUGAACUCCAAUGAUACGGAAGUGGCCAAGAAGAUGGUGAAAAUGUUUGCUGAAUUCGUACAACAUGGAGAUUUCGGAUACCUUGGCACUGAGAGCUUCAGUGUUCCCUCUUUGGAUCCGCUUGACCCCAUUGGCAACCCGUUCUUGGAGAUGAACUUGCACAGUUCCGUUCAAGACAACUACCCUUCCACAUAUUCUCUCCGUGUUCAAUCUGAUGAGUCCUAGGAUCUGAUUCGAAUGAUUUCGAAAUAUACUUAACGUACUAUCUAGCAUUGUGCCGGUACAUUACUCAACCUGA